GUGAGGAACUGAAAACGCUCUUCGUGCGGCCCGAUAAUAAAACACUGCAUCAAGUUGUAUAACAAACAGACAAACGUUUCCGCGUCUGUAUUUACUCGGUAAUGUCGGAAGCAACAUCUGUGGAAACGGAACGGGCUACUGGCAUAUGCUGUCGUCUUGUGAUAAGGUGUAGCUGUCUUCAUGGCCAGCAGCGUGGUUCCCGGGGACAACCUGCCCACGUAUAAGCUGGUGGUGGUGGGAGACGGCGGCGUGGGGAAGAGCGCGCUCACCAUACAGUUCUUCCAGAAGAUCUUCGUCCCGGACUAUGACCCCACCAUCGAGGACUCGUACCUCAAACACACCGAGAUCGACGGCCAGUGGGCCAUUCUGGACGUUCUGGACACGGCGGGGCAGGAGGAGUUCAGUGCGAUGAGAGAGCAGUACAUGAGGACAGGAGACGGCUUUCUCAUCGUUUUUUCAGUCACUGAUAAAGCCAGCUUUGAACACGUGGAUCGUUUCCACCAGCUGAUUCUGAGAGUCAAAGACCGGGAGUCGUUUCCUAUGGUUCUGGUGGCUAAUAAAGUUGAUCUGGUGCAUUUACGCAAGAUCACCAGUGAGCAGGGACGAGAGAUGGCCUCCAAACACAGCAUCGCGUAUAUUGAAACAAGUGCAAAGGAUCCGCCCAUGAAUGUAGACAAAGCGUUUCACGAGCUCGUCAGAGUGAUACGUCAGCAGAUCCCCGAACAGGGCCUGAAGAAGAACAGGAAAGCCAAAUGGCGGGCGGACAGACCUUCGGGUUCGCAAAGGCUGCACUGUAUCUUACUGUGACCGCACACCCUCUAUCUCAAUGCUGCGUCAAUGCCGCGAUGAUGACUCCGUGACUCGGACUGUUAAAAUACACACACACACUCACACAGCUUUGAUAAUAUCCAGGAAUUAAUGAACACAGCUUGAAUAUUCCAAAAAUAAUGGUGAAAUUCCCAAAAAUUUGGAUUAUUAGCUAUUUUACAUGGGAUUUUCUAAGCAGACGAUACCUGGAUGAAAUUACAGGAUUCUAGCGCUAGCACUCAUGUUAUUUCUCAGAGAAUAAUUCAGAGACACACUUUCUGAGGCCUUGUUUUGUAUUGUGUUUCUAUAUUUAUUGUGCUGAAUUCUAGAUUGUAAGUGAUUGUUAAAACAGCAUAUCGGCUUUGAAAAAACAAGGGAACAGAUGGGAUUCAAUUUGCACAUCUGGCAUAUGCUCAGGAGGCGGGGGAAAUACUGGUUACCAUAGUUAAGCAAUUAUUUUUAUGAAGAAAAUUUAUAAUAGAAAAAAGGCAUUAAGGUCACAUAAGGCACUAAAAUAACGCUAAACAUGUAAAACACUUAAUUAAUAGCACAAAGUAUGUAAAAGUUUUUACAUAAAAAAAGUUUUAUGCAUUUUACUUCAACAACUAUUUACCAUAAAAGUGCUUGUUAAAUAUACAGUUUUACUACAUAUGGUAAUGUAACAUACUGUUAACCAAUUAACAUUUAUCAUUCAUGAUCUUUGCAUUUAUGUCUCACAAUUCUGAGUUUAUGUCCUACAAUUUUCCAUCUCAAAAUUUAAAUUUAAACCUUGCAAUUCUCAGUUUACAUCUCGCAACUCUUAGUUUAUAAUUCUCAAUCAUGAGUUUAUGUCUUGCA